AUGAUCACCAGCUCGAAUCAAGACGUCGAUCAAAACGUCCCGGAAACCGAAGAAAACCACGUCGAAGUUAAUUUCGGUAAAACCCCGUUCCUGACCAAAAGUUGCAAAGAAAUCGAAUUAAAUCUAGACGAUAAGGCAUUGAACCGAUUUCAAAUCAAAAGAUCGCCCGUUUCGAAACCCAACCAAGACGUAUUCUCCAUCACGCCCAAAGAGGGCGACCACAAAGGCCCAAAACUCACCCUGAAAUGCUGCUACAAGCCCAAAAUACCCAACAUCAUGAACUACGAAAAAUUCCAGCUCACCGCCGACAACUACGCCGCCACCAUCUCCAUGCGCGGACAAUCCCUAGGUCCCGCUCUAGCGGCCUCCACCACCCAAAUCACCUUCUUCCAGGAGCCGCGCCACAAGAGCGGCAGGAAGGUCAUCGAAAUCAAGAACUGCCGCGGCGUCCCGGCGCCCUUCUCCAUGCACGUCGACGCCAAGCAGAAGCUCUUCACCGUGCAUCCCCUCAACGGCGUGUGCGCCUCCCUCACCUUCGUGGUGAUCAACUUCAACCCGCCAGAGGGCGCUUUCGGCACCUACGCCCAGGAGGUCAAGUGCAUGGUGCAAGGAACCGUGGGUAGACUCUCGCUACUGUUGUGGAUUUACACAGUUUGGUGGAUUUUCCAGCAUCCCAUAGUGAUCCAAGUGGUCGGAUUGUACAGCAGGAAACCGUUGGAUCCGAUGGACGUGUCCAUCAUCCACUAUCCCUUCCAUUUCGAGCACAAGAGCGGCUACAAAUGCUGUUUUAGAGACGAAUUGGAGGAGAGCGAGGUUGCGAGGCCCGUCGUGCUCAAUGCGCACUACUUGGAGCUGGGCAGGGCCGUCGUGAAGGAAUUGUACGAUGAUAAAUCGACCAUUGUGAGCAAGAAUUUCAGCUUGAAGAACAACAUGGAGUGCGAAGUCACCGUUCAUUGGAUCGAAGACGAUAAAGUGUUCAGUAUUUACCCGAAGAAAACGACGGUGGGAGCCGGUGAGAGCAUGAUUUUCAAAUGCCUGUUCAAGCCCACGUACGCGGAGACCUGCUACAACAGGAUGCUGACGGCGCAGGUUUAUUGGAAACCCCACAAUCUGGAUUUGUUUGCGAUGAACAGCGCCGAAGUAGCGGUGGUGCCUCUUACAGUAUCCAUAAAUUUACAAGGUCAUUCGUACAAAGAAGGCCAAAUGCCGUUGGGGAAUUUGGAAUUCAUUCCGACCGUAUUGAGUUUCGCGAUUUCCUUACCGGGCGAGUCGAUUUACCAGAACUUCAGGAUGGUCAAUAAAAUUUCUCGACCGGUUAUGUUCAAAUUAUUACCGCCUUGUUCGAGCAACGUUGUUAUGACGCCCAUGGCCGGGAUGAUAUCGGAUUUCGUGGUCGUUUUGGCGUACAUAAAGAACCUGAAGCGUGGCAGGCCCGUCGACGAAUUGUGGCAGGUGGUUUUGAACGGACAAAACGAGAAAACCAUCAGGUUUAGGGUCACCGCCGCCUCGCAUUUACCCUCUAUCAGCAUCGCCGAUGACAACGUGGUCAGUUUCCAGUCCGUACAAGUGAACACCGUGACUAAACAAACCGUUUUCAUGUACAACACCUGCAACUACAACUUAAGCUUCAAAUUCCUCCAACCCGAGGGACAUUACAUAACCGUCGAACCGGCCGAAGGGAAGCUCGAAAUGCACGGUAAAAUACCCAUCACUGUAAUAUUCCGAGCCAGCCAGUGCGCCCCGCGCGCCACCAACGUCCUCCUCCACCUGUUCAUCUACCAAGAUCUCGCCGAACUCGUCGGACCGAAUUUCGAGCACGCCUUCACCGUGUACACCAGCACCGAGUACUCGCAAUUGAGCGCCACCCCUCUGACGGACGUUUUCGAUCUAAUCGAGUACGGUACACCCAUCGAGACGUCGUUCUACAUCCGCAACUUCGGCGUGUCGGUGGUUUAUUUCUAUCUGUUCGUGUCCUGCAGCAGGGACGAGAUCUCGUUGGAGCCCCACAAAGGCCAGCUGGAGCCCAACGCUAGCAUGAAGAUAAACGUAAAGUUCGAAUGCAGAAUGUUUGGUAAAAAUUACGUGUCCAUCGACUAUUUCAAUCGCAUGGGGGAAGACUCCGAACUGGUAGACCCCCGAUCAAUAAAACUCGUGGAGUUUAUAUACAGAUGCGAAAUGUCUUUCCUCAAAGUAUCAGAAAUCGUCGAGCACGACUUCGGUCCGCUCUUUUCGAAACGCCAUUUCUGGAAUUUCUUCAAAGCCGAUAUCAUAAAUACGCUACUAGAUAACAUGUUUCCCGAUCACAUCGAAGCCCUGGAAAUCACUUUGCCCGAUUGCCCCGUAGGCAGCCGACAUUACGUGACGAUCCUGCUCGAAAACGAGUCCGAUUUGGACACGGAGGUGACGCUGAAGAAGCUGAAAUUGUGCAAUUGCGGCUACAAGCCCAAGCCCUCCAAAUAUCGCGUCGAGUACAUCUUGGAUUGCGCCCACAGGAGGACGCUGCUGAUCGAAAUGACCCAAACUCGGAUAGAGAAACGAUCCAGUCAAAUGAUAACUAUAGACGUGUGUUACGACCUGCCGUUCGUGAACAUAAUGGCGUACGAAGUGGUUAUCAGACCAUCCAGGACGUUGGUUUUGUAUUUCAGUUUCUUCGGAAUACCGGCCGGUUCGAGCAGGAUUAGCUUGUACAAAAACGACUUGUUAUUGAAGAUGUACGGGGGUGUGCUAUCGGCGUCGAAUCCUCCGGCGCAAAUGUUUUGGUUCUACAACAACUCGAACAUAGCCGGGCCGAUUUGCGUGGAUCUGUCGGAAGUGCAUAAAUUGAACGAUCUGAAGAGAUACAAAAUAUUCGAGGUUUUUUACAACGGCACGACGGUGUUGCCGAAGGGCUUGUGGCCUUUGAUGGUUCGGUUUCAGCCCAUCGAGUUGAUCAAAUACGCGACCACCAUAAAAUUGUGCUUCAACAACGAAUCCCACACUCUCCUAGUGGAAGGUUACGGUUCGCUGCAGCCUAUUAUCCACCAAUUUUUCGAAACCAACAUGCCCGAAUCCGGCUCCACGACGAGGAAAUUCCCCGUGAUAUUCUCCAAGGACCAAUUGAACGUUAAGUGUCUACCCACGUGGAACUACUGCGAAAGGGUCAUCUUCAUCGAAAACCGCUCCAAAACCAGGCUGAUUUACUUCCAAUGGACCGAGGUUAAUAUCCAGGACGUCAUCAAGAUAACAGUGCGCGAAAAAACCGGAAUACUACGUCCCGGCAAAAGCAAAUCCCUGACGAUCGUGAUCGAAUCGUUCAAUCAAAGCUUGUUAUCCUCGUUCGUGGUCACUUGCACCGCCAUGGACCUGCAAUUGAUGUACAUCGAAAAGAAAUUCGAGGCCAUCAAAGAGGAUCUGAUGAAGCGAAAAGAGGAGGAAUUCGAGUUCUCCGACUAUCCCGUGAAGUACGACGACUGCGAUAAAAACGACGAAGAAUUGAUAUGCCCCGAUCACGUGAACUACCAAGUAUCUCUAGUGGUGAACGUGCACGUUAUAGACAGGAAAGACAUGCACAUAUUUCUGUACGAUCCCACCAACGUGUUCAAAUUCAACUCGACCGACUCCAUGAAAGUCGAUUUGCCCGGUUUACUAGCCCCCAGACCCAAUAAAACAAACAGAUGCCUCAGCGCGAAACACGAACCUCGCUGUCAAAGCGUCAACGCCGAUACCAUCGAGAACGUCAUGGAACACGUCAUUUCGGACGUGGUGUUCAACGGUACGUUCCCGCAAAUCGCAUCGACCACCUUCGAGAACUAUCCGCCCUACUACACUCAAAUCAAAAAGACCAGAUGCGGCCAGGUUUGCGAUUGUCCCGGAUCGUGCGGGUGCGUCGCGAAGAUGCCGUGGCGCCGCGAGAAGGCCGUGUACUUCACGAGGCCCGCCGCUCCUGUACUGGCCGAUACGUUCAAAACGUUCAUUCGAGACACCGUCGAUGGGAUAUUCCAUUUGACGCCGCUAGAGGAGCAAAUUAAAGACGAAAACGCCAUCAAGCACGCCAUGGAGCACUUGAGCGACAUCUGCACAGUGGCGGAUUGUAAAUGUCCCUCGCACAAAAUCGUUUAA